AUGGAAAUAAUGGAACGUAUGCUGAUUCUAAGCGAAGAAAGAGUGAGAGAAUAUCGCCGCGGUUGGAAUGGCCCACGCCCACUCAUUUGCAAGAAUUCUCUGAAAGAUAAAAAUGUCGAAAACUUUGAGGAAAUUGUGGAGCCAGUGCGUGAUCCGAGAGUUCCGUAUCAAGUAAGAACACCUCGGGCACUUUGGUUUGUGCCUGAAGACUUGUACAUGAUAUGUUCCGAGUUUUCGAAAGAGAUGAAUCUUUAUACCUUGAGCACAAAAUUUGACAUAGGACCGAGUGAAAUAAAGAUAUCAAUGAGCACCAAAACUGUGAUUGUUUUCGAGAAAUAUUUUUAUUUGAGCCUAAAAAUUCGGUCUUUUCUGGACUUGCAACCGUCUGGACUUUAUCUUCAUGUUGUUUCAAGAACGUGGAAAAAACCUCCAAAAGAUGCUAAACGAAAAGAAUUGGAUAAAUCUAUUUCGAAUUUUCAUGACAUUUAUGAAAAAGUCUGCUACAUCGACAAGAUUGCCAGAUUGAUUCAAUCUAAUUAUGAUCACUUUGGAAAAGAUGAAAAAGACUUAAAAGAUAUCAACUUUACGAUUGAUAUUAGUGUGAAUGACCACAACUAUUUGGAUGCUGCAAAAAAGGUGCGCGCUUUUGUAUGUAAAAUCUAUGAGAGACAAGCCUAUGUUAGAAAUCUAGACUGGAAAUUCAAACUCACGAAGCCAGGGGACACUACAGAUGCGAAGUUUCAUAUUGGUAUUCAAAUGAAUUCGGGCUCAUUUUUUAUCGGACUUCGAUUGCUAAGCUGGGAAGAUUCAUAUGCUCAUCUCCACUCCACUAAAAGAUACGGCGACUCAAUCGCUGACUAUAUUAAUUUUCUUGAUAUCCAAGAUGGGAUGACUGUGCUUGAUGUAGAAGUCUGUCUUGGAGAAAACCUGAUGGAGCUUGCAAAAAUCCCAAAGUGCCAUGCCAUUGGUCUGCUGAAAACUGAGGGACACGCCAAAGCUGUAUUGGAUAACCUUGGGACGGCACAGAACAUGUGUGGGUUGAAGUGUGAUGAUUUCCAGUUGAUUAUUUCUCAAUCGUAUCGUAAAAUACCAGGUUGCUUCGACCCAAAGGUGGUAGAUCGAGUUCUCUUCUGCCCACCAACUCAUAUGGACGCUGUGGAAAUUGAUGAGUUCAUGAGUCAUAUGCAUAAGUUCAUGGACAAUUUCUCCAAAGGAUGCAUCUUCUUGUUUGUUCUCCCUUAUGUCACCUGCUUCGAAUCGUGGGUGAAAGAUCGUAUUCAAGACAAUCCGAAAUUCGAGAGAAUGGGUAACUACAUUGCGCUUUCAUCACUUGGCCCCGAAGAUUUCGCGUCCGUCGGCACAGAAUGGGGGAGCGAAGAUUUCAGGAAAAAACUACAAAAGAAACAAUUCAGUUCGAGAAGAGAUGUGGCUGUUGCUGCAUCGGAGGAUGAAAAAAUGGCAUACGGUAGCUGCAUUUUGGAAGCAGAUGAAGCGACCAAGGACAAUUUCGAGUUAAUGAUGUACCUCGAGGACAAAGAGCUCGACCUGGGAAAGGAUCAUCCGAUAUGGGACAAGUACAACGUAAUGGCAGUGGAACAUUGUGCAGAGAUUGGGUUACCAAUAAGCACUCUCACCGCGUUGGCCCAAAAAUUGGUAUCUCUCCGUGCUAGAGCCCUUCAACAUAUGGUCCCGGCAGACUAUGAUGCGGUGAAGGACUAUCACAUCUACGACCAUCUCAUCAAUAACUGGUCGGAGGGUAUUACCCUCGAUAUCCAUCUUCUUCAUACUUUCCACCAAAACAAACAAUUCCGUACCGUCGAGACUCGUGUCCUCCACUGGAUUGCCUCCAGAAUGAAGAAUCCUCCGAAAAUCUACUAA